AUGCCUAACGGAAACUGGAUUCUUGGCGACCUCUUCACAAAGGACUACGGACAUCGCGGCAGCAUCCAGAAAUUGUGGGAACAACGUUGGAAGUUCCCAUGCACCAAAGGUGUUUACCCGUUCCACGAUGGAAAGUUUGAAGACUUUGAACCCAUUUUCAAGCAUCUCAUCGAUAACAAUAUCAAUGAUCCGUACGACGAUGCAUACACAAAUGCUUUCUUGCCAACAGCGCAACGCCUAGCGAAGGAGGCUCAAGAGACGGAAGGCAAAGACAAAGAGGCAGCAAAAAAGUUGUAUCUGAAUGCAAACGCUGUGUACAGAUUGGCGAGAUUUCCAUAUAUCGGCACCGAGCUCAAGAAGAAGGUCUUUGAGGAGCAGAAAGAGGUCUACUUCCGCGGCGCACAGCUAUGGGAUAUCCCACUAGAGGAGGUCGUAGUAUCACAUAAGCAUGCCUCCAACGGUGAUGGCGAAAAGAUUCCAAUGUACAUCCGCAAACCUACAGGAGACGGCCCAUUCCCAACCGUCCUACUGAUUACAGGCCUCGACGGCCACCGCCCAGACAACACCGAGCGCACACAGGAACAUCUUGCCCGCGGUUGGGCGACAGUGAUCUGCGACAUUCCUGGCACCACCGUCGAUUGUCCAGCCAACAAGCGCGACCCUCUCUCCCCAGACCGAUUCUUCACCAGCAUUCUAGACUUUAUCAAAGAGACAUCAUAUCUCGACGAAAAGAAAGUCAUCGCAUGGGGCCUCUCAGCCGGUGGCUACUACGCUAUUCGCCUCGCGCACACGCACCGCAACCAACUCAUCGGUAGCGUAGGCCAUGGUGCAGGAACACAUCACUACAUUGGCCGCGAGUGGCUUGAGCAAAUCGACAAGCACGAGUACCCUUUCGGGCUUGAACAAGCCUACACGCAGAAAUACGGGUAUUCUUCUUUCGAAGAGAUGAAGGAGAGAUGCCAGGAUGAGUUCUCCCUCGUCUCUGGGAAAGGCGAGGGUGUGGCUGUUGUGGCGCAGGGGAUGAAGAGUUGUAGGUUGUUGCUCGUGAACGGGGUGCUGGAUGGGUGUAUGCCAAUCGAGGAUAGUAUGCUGCUAGCUGAGUAUGGAAGCCCGAAGGAGAUGCGGUUUAUGCAGCAGAGGUUGCAUAUGGGAUAUCCUGAGGCGAAUAGUACGGUGUAUCCGUGGAUGGAAGAGGUUAUGGCGAGUAAGUAG